GCUUUUGACCACCUCGGAAAUAGCGUGAGACACACCCGAGGGUUUGAACAUGAUAAAUAGUGAAUGUCAAAUUCCAGAGACUGCGAAUCAGACCCCAGCUACCACUUACCCAAUGGAUCUAGAUCUGAGCACUCGGGCAUGACUUUUGGUCUCUUAGGAAAUAGCGUGAGAUACUCCUGAGGGUUUGACAUAAUGAAAUUGUGGAUGUCAAGUUCCAGAGGCUCUAAAUCGUGUGACGAUAGUAGACCUACCGCAAACAAUGCCCGAAAGCAUAUUGGAGGAUUCCUCCGCAUCCGCACAAAGAACAAAGAAACGAUGUAACCAGCCAACUUACAGAUAACCCGACUCGCCAUCAUUCAUCUUAGCUAUCUAAAUAAUCCAUCUACCAGCUUGUCUCGCCUUACCAGCAACCAUGUGCUACCACCGCCUCUACAUAUUUACUACCUGCGGCCACUCCUGCUAUGCAACCUACCCUAUCCUCCCAUGCGACGCCGUCCGCAACGCCCCUCGAGAUCCCACGAAGUCGAGCUCUGAAAUCACCAAGCCUCUGCCAGUAGCCCGGCCUUCCCAACCCCCAUCCUCACCCAUCUUUUCAGACGAGCCCUUGAACAAAGGCAAAGGCAAAGAGAAAGCCCAAACCGACGUCACCAGCUGCCCAGGCCCACAGUCCCACCCCCUCCAGUCCCUCCGCCUCCAUCGCCUCUGCGCCGUCUGCACCCGCCGCCGCGACGCCUUACUCUGCGAAGUUGAGUCAGGCCACGUCGUACGCUUCGAGGACUGGCGCUGGAAAGUCAAGUAUCAAUCCCAAUUAAGGGUAGAGUUGACUGACUGGAACGGCGCGAGCGUCGGAGAGGUACUGGGGAGCUGGGUCGGGGGGUGGGGAGGGGACUGGAGCGCUGAGAGGAGUGGAGGGAAAGGACCGGGAGGGUGGCUGGCUGCGUUGAGGGAUGUCGCUGCGAGCCCGGUUCCGGCUCCGGCGAAAGGAGAUAGUAAGGAUGGUUCGAGGGUAGGAUUUCGAGGCGGGAUUGGGAGUAGUUGA